CAAUUGCUCUAUUAGUGAUUGGUCUAACAGUCGGAUUUUUCGCAUUCCGAAAAAAAGAUAACAAUAAACCAAGUUCAGAAACUAAUUUGGGGGAACAACAAAGGCAACAAGUAAGAGAAGCGGCUUCUCAAUUAGUUGGGAGCAUUCUUGAUAAUCAGAAUAAUUUUAACCAAUUAACAACCAAUCCGGAUGGGAGUGCAAGAAAUAUUGACGACAUAGAAGAAAUUUUUUUGUCAGGUGGGGUUAGCCAAACGCCUCAAUCUCCAACUCAAAUUACUGGUUCACUUUCUUUUGAAGUUAUCGAACAAACUUGGUAUGAAUUACGAGUUUUUAUCAAUGCUGGUUUACAAAAUCCUAACCAAUCCCUUAUAGAAAAUGCCCGAUUAAGAAUUAGGAAUGACAUCGAAAAAUGGUUAAGGGCCUUACAAGAAUUAAAAACGAUUAGAGAAUUAUUUGAGAAGUAUUGCCAAAUUAGAACUGAUUUAGUAAUUAACAAAGUAAAUAAGAGUCAGGAAUUAAUUAGUAAAGGUUAUUCUGAAAAAGAUGUCGAACAGUUAAAAGAAUGGGGUUUGUUAGAGCAAGAUUUUCCUAAUUUAUUUGAUAAAAAGAGGAUUGGAGCCACUAAUACUCUUUCAGUUUCGACAACGGAAACGUGA